UAGUAAUAUCUGCAGGAAUAGCUUCAAACAUUUCAUGUGUUGAUGUCAUGUUUAUUUUCCUGCCAGGCUGCCUGCCCGCGUCCCCUCUCUCCAUGGCUCCUGUGCUGGCUGCGGGUGGCGCUGUCAAUUAGUAGGGAGAUCGCCAGAGAUGGGGAAAGUUGCAGAGAAUACAACUGCUGGGCAUGGAUGGGAAAGGUUACAGAGCAUGCCGGCACUGGGUGGGACAGGUUACAGAGCAUGCCGGCACUGGGUGGGACAGGUUACAGAGCAUGCCGACACUGGGUGGGACAGGUUACAGAGCAUGCCGACACUGGGUGGGGAAGGUUACAGAGAAUGCCGGCACUGGGUGGGACAGGUUUCAGAGCAUGCCGGCACUGGGUAGGACAGGUUACAGAGAAUGCCGACACUGGGUGGGGAAGGUUACAGAGAAUGCCGACACUGGGUGGGACAGGUUUCAGAGAAUGCCGACACUGGGUGGGGAAGGUUACAGAGAAUGCCGACACUGGGUGGGACAGGUUACAGAGCAUGCCGGCACUGGGUGGGACAGGUUACAGAGCAUGCCGGCACUGGGUAGGACAGGUUACAGAGAAUGCCGACACUGGGUGGGACAGGUUACAGAGCAUGCCGGCACUGGGUAGGACAGGUUACAGAGAAUGCCGACACUGGGUGGGACAGGUUACAGAGCAUGCCGGCACUGGGUGGGACAGGUUACAGAGCAUGCCGGCACUGGGUAGGACAGGUUACAGAGAAUGCCGACACUGGGUGGGACAGGUUACAGAGAAUGCCGACACUGGGUGGGGAAGGUUACAGAGAAUGCUGACACUGGGUGGGACAGGUUUCAGAGCAUGCCGGCACUGGGUGGGACAGGUUACAGAGCAUGCCGGCACUGGGUGGGACAGGUUACAGAGCAUGCCGGCACUGGGUGGGACAGGUUACAGAGCAUGUCGGCACUAGAUGGGAAAGAUAACAGAGAAUGCCGACACUGGGUGGGACAGGUUACAGAGCAUGUCGGCACUAGAUGGGAAAGAUAACAGAGAAUGCCGACACUGGGUGGGACAGGUUACAGAGCAUGUCGGCACUAGAUGGGAAAGGUUACAGAGAAUGCCGACACUGGGUGGGAAAGGUUACAGAGCAUGUCGGCACUAGAUGGGAAAGGUUACAGAGAAUGCCGACACUGGGUGGGAAAGGUUACAGAGCAUGUCGGCACUAGAUGGGACAGGUUACAGAGCAUGCCGACACUGGGUGGGAAAGGUUACAGAGGAUGCCGACACUGGGUGGGAAAGGUUACAGAGGAUGCAGGCACUGGAUGGGACAGGUUACAGAGCAUGCUGGCACUGGAUGGGGAAGGUUACAGAGGAUGCCGGCACUGGAUGGGGAAGGUUACAGAGGAUGCCGGCACUGGAUGGGGACGGUUACAGAGAAUGCAGCUGCGGAAGGUGGGGGGGGCUGGAUGGGGAAGGUUACAGAGAAUGCAGCUGCGGAAGGUGGGGGACUGGAUGGGGAGAGUUACAAAGAGUGCCAUUUCUGGGCACUGGAUGGGGAGGCUUACAGAGAAUGCAGCUUGGGUGGGGACCGGAUGGGGAGGGCUGCAGAGAAUGCAACUGUGGGGGGGUCACUGGCUGGGGGAGGUUACAGAGUCUGACACCUCUGGGCACUGGAUGGGAAAGUUUCUGUGCAUGCAGCCGCUGGGCACUGGCUGGAGAAGGUCACCGAGCAUGCAGAUGCUGGGGCACUGGAUGGGGAAGGUUACAGAGACUGUGGUCACUUUGUCACUGGAUGGGAAGGUUGCAGGGAAUUUGGACACUGGAUGGGGUGGUUGCGGAGAAUUCAACUGUAGGGCUUGGAUGGGGAAGGUUACAGAGAAUGCAGGCGCUAGGCACUGGUGGGAUGGGUUUUUCUUUUUCUUUUCUUUUGUUUUUUUUUAAACAGAGUAUGCCAGCACUGAACACUGGAUGGGGCUGCAGGCGCUGGGCACUGGAUGGGUCAGGUUACAGAGUAUGUGGGCACUGGAUGGAGGGGGUUCGUGGAGAAUGCAACUGCAGGUCUGGAUGGGGAAGGUUACACUAUGUGCCACCACUAGGCACUGGAUGGGAGAGGGUUGCAAAGGCUGGGCACUGGGUGGGGAAGGGUCACAGAAUGUGUGGUCACUGGAUGGGGAAGGGUCACAGAAUGUGUGGUCACUGGAUGGGGAAGGGUCACAGAAUGUGUGGUCACUGGAUGGGGAAGGGUCACAGAAUGUGUGGUCACUGGAUGGGGAAGGGUCACAGAAUGUGUGGUUACUGGAUGGGGAAGGGUCACAGAAUGUGUGGUCACUGGAUGGGGAAGGGUCACAGAAUGUGUGGUCACUGGAUGGGGAAAGGUUACGGGGAUGUGGUCACGGGAUGGGAAAGGGCCACAGAGUGUGCAGUCACUGGAUGGGGCAGGUUACAGAGAAUACCGGCUCUGGGCACUGGAUUGGAAAGGGUUACAGGGACUGCAAUUGCUGGGCACUGGAUGGGGAAAGGUUACAGAGUAUGUGGGCACUGGAUUGGAAGGGUUACAGGGAUGUGGGCACUGGAUAGGCCAGGUUACAGAGGAUGCAGCUGCUGGGCACUGGAUUCGGCAGGCUUUGGUAUUGGCAUAGCUCUGCCUUCAAGACUUGGCACUUGUUUUAUGUUUUGUUUUGUCAUUACGCACAGGCUGGUGAGAUUUCAUUCAUUUUGCAGGACAAGAUGUCAUCGCAAUGUAAUGACAUCCACAAUUAUUCACAGAAUCUCCAUUUGAUGAUAUUCAGGCUUCCCCUGAGCAUCAAAGUGGUCAACAUGUCUGAAUUACUAGGACUCAAGUUCACAGUCAAAAAAGGGGGAGAGGGGGUAAAGGCUUGAAUCACCAGCUGAUGACCGUAGAAAAUGUUUGUUUUGUUGGAUUUCUGGUCUCCAAUUCUGUCUAAGAUCAACAUCUCUUAUGAAGCCCACAAAGUUCCUCCUGACCAUCCGGUGAAGAUCAGUGUGUUUGGAGGGCAGUCUACAAUCGGGGUUGUGAUGAUAUUAUUGUAUGGAUUGUACUGGCAAAGCACAGACCAGGGCAGGAUUAAGCCUCUGGGCCUCUCAACUUUACUACCCCAUUGUACAAGCCUAUGCCUACCCCGGCAUCCCUUGCUUCCUCAGUUGUCCAGAACUCGGUGACUGGAUCUCCACUGGCCCCUAGACCAGAAUUCCAAAGAUCCCUGUCUUCUCACGGGGCUUCUGUGGAGCCCAUAUCAUCUGAAACCAUAUUUAAAAAAUCUAGGGUGCUCAGUAUUGUAUGUCAGUAAUA